CCCUUUUCAUUGCUUUUCGCUUCCUCUCUCAAUUUUCAUUCCUUUGCUUACGCUUUUAUUUCGAGAUAUCAUCUUAUCAUGUACUGAGUUGACUUAUUGUUAUACUAAAUUUAUAUCUUUCUUUCUGGGUUUUAUUAGAUUGCAAUAAAUUUUCUUCUUUUGUUCAAAAUUUCCCUCGGACUUAAAAUUAGGACAGAAUUACAAAGGUAGCAUUUUGUACAAUGUAUGUGUGACUGGGCAAUGUUUAACUUGCAACAAAGUUCUGAGAUUUUGUAUUGUACUCUUCUUGCUUGGGUUUUGCUUUUUGGGUACAGCAAAUUAUUUUGUAUUGGUCACCGACGAAGAUCUACUCGCUUCAACUAAAACACAAUAAAUGGGUAAUUUAAAUACCCAAUCAGAAUAAAAAUGAAAUUGGGGGAAAUGUAAAUAGAAAUUAAAUUCGGGACAAGAACCAGGGAGUGAAGACUGGAUCCGUAAAUCAGCUUGAGUAAAUUUGUUAGUAGGUAGCUCUUAAAGCUUAUAAUCAUGAACACGAUUGGAGAAAGAAUGACAAAGCGAGAGAGCUUUGAUGAUGACCAGGAAAGUUUAUUGAAGAGCGAUAAUAGUGGAACAGAUGAUGACCCUAAGAUUAACUACAGAGGGUGGAAGGUCAUGCCCUUCAUUAUAGGAAAUGAGAUUUUUGAGAAGCUAGGAGCCAUUGGCACUUUAUCCAAUCUCUUGGUGUAUCUUACUACUGUGUUCAACUUGGAAAACAUCACGGCUACAAAUAUUAUCAACAUCUUCAAUGGCAGCACCAACUUUGCUACAUUAAUAGGAGCUUUUCUGUCUGAUGCCUUUUUUGGUCGCUACAAGAUAUUGGCAUUCUGCACAAUGGCUUCCUUUGUGGGUUUAUUUGCAAUCCAACUGACAGCGGCGGUAGACAAGCUGCAUCCACCUCAGUGUGAAGAGUCCCCCACAUGUGAAGGACCAACAGAGGGGCAAAUGACAUUUCUAAAGACUGGUUUAGGUUUAUUGAUGAUAGGAGCUGCAGGGAUUCGACCAUGUAACUUAGCAUUUGGUGCUGAUCAGUUUAAUCCUAACACGGAUUCUGGGAAAAAGGGGAUCACUAGCUUCUUCAAUUGGUACUUUUUCACUUUCACUGUUGCUCAGAUGAUAUCCUUAACAAUUAUUGUCCAUAUACAGUCAAAUGUAAGUUGGGCAGUGGGUCUUGGAAUUCCUGCUGCUUUGAUGUUUGUAUCUUCUAUAAUCUUCUUCAUGGGGUCCAAAAUGUAUGUGAAAGUUAAACCAAGUGGUAGCCCUAUAACUAGUAUAGUGCAAGUUAUAGUGGUUGCAGCAAAGAAAAGGAGGCUGAAGCUCCCGGAAUAUCUAUAUCCUUCCCUCUUCAAUUAUGUGGCUCCCAAGUCAAUGAAUUCUAAACUUCCCUAUACAUAUCAAUUCAGGUUCCUUGACAAAGCGGCAAUCGUGACUCCCCAAGAUCAAAUAAACCCCAAUGGAUCUGCUACUGAUCCCUGGAACCUUUGCAGUAUGCAGCAAGUGGAAGAGGUUAAAUGCUUAUUGAGAGUGUUACCCAUAUGGGUUUCAGGCAUUAUAUACUUUGUUGUGAUCGUCCAACAGCACACCAUUUUAGUGUUCCAAGCCCUUCUAUCUGACAGGCGUAUUGGGCAAAGCGAGUUCUUGAUCCCAGGAGCAUCCUACUACGUCUUUUUGAUGAUUACUGUGGCAAUUUGGUUACCCAUCUAUGACCGAAAAGCUGUCCCCUUACUCCAAAGGUUCACUAGAAAAGAGGGCGGCAUCACACUCCUUCAGAGAAUGGGUUUUGGAAUAUUUUUCGCAAUACUCAGCAUGGUAGUAUCUGCUAGGGUUGAGCAACACCGUAGAACCCUGGCUUUGACUAAUCCUCUAGGAGUAACAAUGAGAAAAGGUGCAAUCUCAUCAAUGUCAGGUAUGUGGCUGAUUCCGCAGCUGAUAUUAGCUGGAUUGGCGGAAUCAUUCAUGACUGUUGCACAGGUUGAGUUUUACUACAAACAAUUUCCUGAGAACAUGAGAAGCAUUGCAGGUUCUCUUUACUACUGCGGACAUGCAGGGUCAAGUUAUUUGAGUAGCGUGCUUAUUUCAAUUAUCCACCAAGUCACUGCCAAAUCUGAAACUGGGAAUUGGUUACCGGAGGAUCUUAACAAGGGUAGAUUGGAUAAGUUCUAUUUCCUCAUUGCCGCUUUAGAAAUUAUUAAUUUAGGUUACUUUGUGUUAUGUGCAAGGUGGUUUAGGUACAAGGGCACGAGCAGCAGUUCUGUCGAACUCGAAAAAGUGACAAGACAAUCGGAAAAAAGUGCUAAUGGUCUUAAUGAUUCGAGUCUAUAGCUAGUGUGUAGAAAUAGGCUACUACAACUUUUCAUCGAGUGGAACCACAACUAGCAAUGGUUAAAAUCAAGAUUGAGUAUAGUAACAAAUAUGCAGUAUGUGUUUUUCCAAUUAGAUAGAUACUUUAUGUGUAGAUGCAUUUGACAGAUGAGGUGCAUUGUUCUUAUAAUAGGUGCCUACAUCCGAAACUUUUGCCUUAAAGCACCUAAUGACAGUGAAAGAAAGUAUACACUGACAUCACGAUUAUAUUUUCCUUAA